AUGACAAGGCAUGAAGAGAGGAGAGGUGUGACCAGUGGAGUGUUCUCCUGGAGGGUCGGGGUGCUGCUGGCUCUGUGCUUCCUGCACCGGGCUCCAGGUCGUGUUCAACUUCUCCCUCCUCAGAACGUUACACUGCUGUCAAAGGAUUUUGAAAUGAUUUUGACAUGGGCUCCAGGAGGAGGCUCUCCCCAGGAUGUGACAUAUACUGUGAGCUAUAAAAGCCAGGAUCACAUGGACAAAUGGCUGGAGGUUCCUCACUGCAACAACAUCUCCAGAACCUCCUGCGUUCUGACCUGCGUGCUUUCCAACAUCUACGUCAAAGUGCGGGCUCGAGUGAGGGCGGUUUCGGGACCACUCCAGUCCCCCUGGGUCAAAUCCCGCUUCAAGGAUUACUAUUCAGAGGUGGAGUUGGCUCCCCCCGAGCUGAUCCUGAACGUCAAGGAGAAUUCAGUCCAUGUGAGUGCCUCCUUCCCUUUGCCCACCUGCAUGGAGAAGCUCAUUUGGAAGUAUGAAUUGAACCACUGGGAAGCUGGAUCUGAAGACGAGAAAAAAUAUGAACACAAAUUCAGGAGGGACACAGUGACUAUCGAUACCACUGCACUCAGAGGCAACUACUGCUUCAGUGCCAGAUCCAUCUACGACAGCAUCGACACCAAGUACAGCGAAUUCUCCCAGCCAGUGUGUGUGCCAUUAAACCACAAAGUGAAGUUCCCGCUCUCUGCCACGAUUCCUGUGUUUGCCCUCCCCAUCUUCCUGAUCGGUGCCUUCAUCCUCUGCUUCUUGAAACAAGAUGCCAAGCAAAGGAAGAUGCCUCAGACUUUGGAUUUUCGUCACCUCCAAGCUGCUGGAGCAGCUUUUUCCUCGGAGCUCAGCAAAGAGGAAUUCUGCAGUGAUGACCUGAACUGCACAGAGAAGCCAGUGGCACAAAGGAGGGCAGACAGAGCCUUAGCAAGGAACAACCCACCAGGGGUGGCUUCGUUCCUAUCAUCAUCACCAUCACCAUCAUCAUUAGAUGAUGAUGAGGAGGAGGAGGAGGAGGAAGAAGACAGCGGCACUUUCAUCCCAUACCACCAAGUGACUCGCUUUCCAAAGAGACAUCUGCACUGCCAACCACCCCAAGCAGCUCAGGGGAAAACAAGCUUGGAUUCAGGAACUGGAGGUCUCUCUGGGGACAGUGAAUCCAUGCCUGACCUCAGUACCUCGGGGUUCUCCUCCUUCCCAGAGAGAAAGCACGAGGUGGACACCUCGGGAUCCCAAGCAGAUGAGGAGGCGUCCCUUUCUCACAGUUGCUCUUUAGGGAGAAUAUCCCUCACUGAUGUGAGAUUCCCAGGUCUCAGUGAGCAGCCAGAGAGGGGGGAGAGCCUGGAAAUGACCCUCCUUCAACCCCUGAGGGAGGGGGUUUGUGCCAAAGGCUCUCCCGGUGAGCCCCACCCGCAGGAGGAGGGUCACCACUUCACCAGCUGUUACCAGAAAUCAAUCACAGAGCUGCAGGUCCAGAUCCACGGGACAUCCCAGCUCAGGAAGGAUCAGCUGCUCAUCCCUUUGCACACUCUGCAGGUGGCAGAGGACGAGGGGAUCUCGAGUGACUGUGACAGUGACAGCUUUACUGAAGGGACACCUCCCACCUCCACGGUGCUCAGCGACACCUUUGAACCUCCAAACAGGGGGGACAAACACAACCCAAAGCUUCAAUUCAAAGGCUACAGCCAUGCACAUUACUUGGGAAGGACCUAG